AUGGACUCCGAGCCAGUCGCUGUGUCCGAAGCCGCGGAAAACGGCAAAAAAGAGUCCGGCUCCAAAAGAGGCCAAAAGAAGCGAGGAUCUGCGUUGGAGCGCCUCAAAGCCGAAGGGCGGGCUCUCGUGAAGGGACUGGAUGAGAUGGAAGAGGAAGAGGAAGAAGUUUCGGGGCGUCGACGCACUCGUGCUGCUGCCCGUGGCGUGUCUUACACUCCCCCGUCGAAGCGCGAAAAAUUGUCGCCGUCGAAAAAAGGGAAAGGCCGGAAAGGCAUGGAUUCAGAUGAAGAAGAGUCUGAGGAAGAUGACGAUGAAUUCCAGAUGAGCGACGACAGUGACGCUCCGAAGCGGAAGAAGGCUGUUGGGAAGCGAGCAUCGCGCGGCCGAAAACCGUCCUCUGGACGUGGUCGUCCUCGUGGUGGCGGAAAGCGGUCCAAGGGUAAAAAUGUAUCCGACGAGGAAUUAUCCGACCAAGGCCACGGUUCGGGGGAUGAUGAUGAUGAAGAUGACGAAGACCGAGAGGAGGUUAUUACGAAGACGACUGCGGAACGUCGCAAAAACAAAGACGCCAAGCGAAAGGACAACGCUGAAUCGAAGAAAAAGGCGGCGAAGAAAGCGAAGAAGGUGGAAGAGAAAGAGGAUGAAGAUGAGGAAGUCGAGAAGGUUGGUUUAGAUGAGGACGAUUUGGACGAGGAUAGCACUGAGAAGAAUGGAGACGCCAAAGCCGUCGUUGAUGACGACGAUGUGACGAAAGAGGAAGUUGAGCCUGCAGCUUCUGCUGAAGCAGAAGAGAAAAAGGAUGAAGAUCUACCGGACGAAUCUGAAGAAAAGGCGGAAGAAGCAGGAGAGGACAAGCCUGAAGAAGAAUCCAAGGACUAGAAGGAAGCACUCGUUGAUGAGCGUUGUUGAACUUGUAAUUUAGAUUUCCUCGUUGUGCGACUGAGCCCUCGGUGUAUGUUUUGUGUGUGGGUGGCCGUGAGCGCGGUUGUUGUGUUUCGAAUGGUACAAAUCGUUCCUUAUUUUAUUUUAGUAUGUUUUUUUCAUUUUUCUGAAUCUCUGUGGACGUUCGAAGACGUUGGGUUUUUUGGAUAUCUUCUGACAGCUCCUGCUCCGCCAGGUUGUUCCGAUAAAUUUCGUUUUAGCAGCGUUAUUUUUUCAUAUUUUAUCUGGAGUGCGUGUUCUUGUAUUUGGAAAUUAGUUGAAGUGGGGUUUUUUAUGCUGGUUUUUAACUUUUUUCGUGCCGUUUUCAAAAGAAUUCGACGACAGGAUUUUAUUGAAGUUUUUUUUUCUGCUGGUGAAGCAUCGGGAUUAUCAAGGAAGAGCCGUCGAUCAGCAAUGCUAAUUGCACCCGUGUGCAUCCACUCGUUACAAACUUGUUUGGAAACCGGUACUCCGAUUGAAUAAAGAAUCACUUCAAAUA